AUGGCCGCGCGCACGGAGGGAGUCCCAUCACACAGGUGGCAGUCCACCCCUUUCGGGACUUGCUGCUCUCCGCUGCGGCUGAUCGGCAGCUCCGGCUCUGGGAUUUGCGCAUGGGCCGGCUGCAAGAUACGAUCUUGGGACAUGAUCGACCGAUCCACUCCUGCGCUUGGGAUGACCAGGGUGAACACUUCGCCAGCUGCGACAGCGAGCUGGUCUUCUACUGGUCGCUCCCGCUGCCGCCGAAGGCGGCCGAGACGGCAGAGGUCUCUCCAGAAGUGGCCGAGAUGCCUCCAGAAGUGGCGGAGGUGGAAGAGGAUGGGAGGCACGAAGGGGUUGAGAGAAGCUUGGAGUAUCCAGCUAUAUCCGGAGCACUGGAUUAGCUAG